AUGGAGAUGGAUAGUGCAGGAGAGCAGAGGAAACUUCAAUUAAGUGAGCUAGAGGAGAUUAUAAACACAGCAUAUGAAAGCUCACGUAUCUACAAGGAAAAGACUAAGGCGUUUCAUGAUAAUAUGAUUUUUAGAAAACAGUUUACUGUUGGACAGAAAGUUUUUCUUUUUGAUACUCGUCUUAGAUUAUUUCCUGGCAAACUACGUUCCUGUUGGAAGGGACCUUAUGUUAUCACUAAUAUUUUUUCUCAUGGUGCAGUAGAAAUUCAAGAUUUAACCUCAGGAAAUGGAUUCAAAGUGAAUGGUCAUCGCUUAAAGCCAUAUUACGAGAACUUUGUACCUGAGAAUGUAGAAGUGGUACAACUUGUUGAUGUGCUCCCUCUAGAUGAGUAG